AUGGACGACGCACAUUGGAAAGCGACGGAGAGCAACGCGAUGGGAGAAGGCAACGAGAACAACAACGUGGCGGAUUGUUUAUCGCUCCCGAGCAACGCCGCGAGAGAAAACGAACAACAACAACAACAAGAACAAUGCGGUGGUGGUGAUGUCGGUGGCUCGAACACCUUGUGCGGCGGCGCGACGAGUAAAAACGAAAACAACAAGGCGUUUUACAACGAGUCCACGGGGUCGAAACAAGCGAAGAUGAGAAAAGUCGCGCACGAAGCCGCGUUGGCGAACGUGAUGACAGAUUUAGAUAUCAUAGACAACGGGUACCGAAACUCACCGUACGUUAUCGUGGACGGCGAUGGAGUUUUGUUUUCCGGAGCGCCGAAACCGAGAAACGAGAAGGAGCGAUUGUUAGCGGUGCGAGCGAGCGGAAUUUUAGACAUCGAGAACAAAGACGCGGACGAACAUUUUGAUUUGUUGACGUCGAUUUGCGCGACGGCAUUGAGAGUGCCGAUGUGUUUAGUCACCAUAGUAGGGAAGAACAAGCAAACAUUUAGGGCGAAUAUUGGGUUAGAUGCGACGGAGACGAAGAGGGAGAACAGUUUCUGUGGAUGGACGCUGUUGCCGAAAGAACCGAAAGUAUUGGUCGUGGAAGACGCGAUGCAAGAUUUUCGGUUUCAAACGAACGAGUUAGUUUUAGGUCCGCCGCAUUUGCGGUUUUACGCCGGCGCACCGAUUAUCGUUCGAGGCGUGCGGUUCGGAUCGUUUUGCGUUUUGGAUACGAAGCCGAGGCACGACAUGUCUGGGGAAGAUUUGAACUUAUUGACUCGAUUAGCGGACGCGUGCGCGAAAACGAUCGAGAAGACGGCGAUGCAGAUGUAUUUCAUGGACGCGAUUGAUGAUAGCGAUAGAGGGUUCAUGUUGAUCAGUUUAGGUUCGGUAGAUAAAAAAGAAGAAGAUGACGAUUGUCGUGAUAAAGAAAAAAAAGAAGAAGAAGAAGAACGAAUUCCCGAUGAGUACGGGAAUUAUAUAUAUAAUCGCGAAGACCAGGAAAACAUGGACGAAGACGAAGAGGAACGCGAUGCGACGAUGUCCAUAGUGUACGCAAACACAGCGACGAAGAGACUCUUGGGGUUUUCAAAGGAGAAAAACUUCACCGGCGAAUCCUUGUAUACGCUAUUUUCCGAAGCGAGCGCGAGUGGACAGAUCAAACCCAACCCGGGCGAGAGGAGCGUUGAUGAGUUUUUCGAGGAGAUUUUGAACGACGAAAACGAAGAGAAGAACGAGAAAACCGGGAAGAUGACGAAGAGAAACUUUGCGAGAGAGUUUUCAAUUUCAAAAGAGUUUUCGGUGACAACACCAACCACAUCGGCAACUGCUAAACGAGGAGACGAGGGGAAGGACGCGACAAAAGAGAAGGAGAAAAAGAACAACAACAAGAACAACAAGAACAUGGUUGAGAACAUGACGCAAACGUCCUCUCGUCACAUUCGCGUGGAACUUUCGAGAAAAGCGUCUACGUUUCAGCGGAUACGAAAGAGCGGCGCGAAGAACUCGACGCUGUCGCCGCCGCCGACGCCUGGAUCGCAAGACAUCAUACUCGACAACGACAAUGAAGGGAGCGAGGAAGAUGACGAACUCAAUGCGUCGCAACACCUACCGAAAAACUUAAGUGCAUUCCAUGUUAUUGUCGUAAAUAUCACGGACAUCACGUGCGAAGUUAACGAACGUCUUCAAUCGUUAAAGAGCGUACAAGAAAAAUAA